AUGAGCGACUCCACUUUGCCCUUGGCAGGAUCAACAUCAGCUGUGGAUCCUCACCGUAACAGGAGCUUCAGUGACAGCUUCUAUACCAGUGACGUGUGGAGUAUCAGUGGCAGUGGGCCAUGGCUGCUAGCUGUCAUGUUGUCCCUCAUCAUUCUGAUGACAGCUUGUGGGAAUAUCCUGUUGAUAGCUCUGGUGUUUGCCCACCGAUCCCUACGGUGCACCUCCAACUGCUUCCUAGUGUCCCUUUUCCUGUCAGACUUGAUGGUGGCUCUGGUUGUCAUGCCCCCUGCCAUGCUGAAUGUGCUAUGUGGAACCUGGGUGCUGUCCCCUGGCUUCUGUUCUGUCUGGCUCUGCUUCGACGUGAUGUGCUGUAGUGCCUCCAUCCUCAACUUGUGCGUGAUCAGCCUGGACCGCUAUCUCCUCAUCAUAUCUCCCUUGCGUUACAAGCAGCGCAUGACCCCACCCCGUGCCUUGCUGCUUGUGGGCGGGGCCUGGAGCUUGGCAGCUCUAACUUCUUUCCUGCCAAUAGAGAUGGACUGGCACAGCCUGGGCCGUCUACAGGACCACUCAGGGCACAGCUCGGCCAACGGCACAACCCCAGGGCUGAGCUCUUAUUACCCACCUUCAUACUUCCAGAUCUCCAACUCAGGCAGCUUGUCGUUGCAGUGUCGCCUGCGGGUCACCCUCCCCUUUGCCUUGGUGGCCACUUUCCUUACCUUCUUCUUGCCUUCCACAGCCAUCUGUUUUACCUACUGCCGCAUCCUCCUGGCUGCAAGGCGGCAGGCACGGCAAGUGGAAGCCCUCACACAUCCUCUGUACCCGCACCAUUCACCUGGAGAACCGCUCCAUCCUCCUUCACUUGCACAUGUAGCUCAGGAUGGAGAGGACUACAGCCACCAGGAACCUCCAGCGCUGCGACAUGCUCCGCUGUCGGGGAACAGUGAGCGGCGUCUGGCGCACAGGCAGGGGAAGAGAGCGCUAAAAGCGAGUUUGACACUGGGAGUCCUGCUGGGGCUGUUCUUUAGUGCCUGGCUGCCUUUCUUCAUCACCAAUAUGGCACAAGCGGUGUGCGAGUGCAUUCCACCCUCGCUCUUUGAUGCCAUCACUUGGCUUGGCUACUGCAACAGCACCAUGAACCCCAUUAUCUACCCCCUGUUCAUGCGGGACUUCAAGAGAGCGCUGGGACGCCUGUUGCCCUGCUGCUCUUCCUCUCACGCCCCUCGGCGCCCGUCCCCUCCGCUCUCCCUCUCCCUACGCAACUCUGGAGAGCCCCAGUUGCCCACAGAGCCACCCUCCCUGGCCUCCGAGCCACCGCAGCUGCCCGCCACGGCGACUGACGCUGUAAACCUGCUGGACGCAGAGCAUGCAGAGAUGGACCUGCCACUGCUCCUACCCAACCAGGUCAACACGUUGGACUGAAGUGGUGCUGCCGCACCGUGACGUGGAACGAACCGAUGUUUUUUUUAAAAUAUAUUCCCUGAAAAGAGUUUAGCAUA